GUGACAAGCUGAAAGCGCAGUUCGUCUCUUCCGCUGGGCGCUGGCCGCCGGGCGCGGCCCUGUUCUGUUCGCUCCUCCUCUGGGAAAAAAAAACGAACCUUUUCCGGGGUCCUCUUCCUCUCGCCCCUUCGCUAAUGGUGUGUAUUGGUGUACGUACAGCGGUAAUAAAGUGCUAAUACUAGAGGAUUCCUCAAUCAAGUCAAAGCCUCUUCCUCCCUCGUCAUCUCUGACGAAUCCAAGCGCUAGGAUCUCGCUGCUUGCUUCCUCUCGGAUCCGAAGGCGGGGGGGCGGCUCUGUUUCCUCCGCCCGAUCGACCCUCCAGUUCCACUCCACUCCAACCACGCCUCCGCUGUCCGUCCCUGCUGGCCUCUGCUGCUGCCCCUCUUCUCCGUCCGGAACUGCCACGCACGACCUCGCCACCUCCCGAAGCUCGAACGCUCGUUUACUUUUGCCUCCAACCCGCCCUUGUUCCAGGUUGGUGCGGCGCUGGUGGCUGGUGCUGAGUGCUGACGCCGCCGCCGCUUUGAUUAACAACAAGCCACCACACCUGCGGUUCCUUCUCCGCUUUGAUUAAUCCUUUGAUUAAUCGCCUCUUUUUCUUUCUCGGUGAUCGCCUUUUCCCGAGAUUGCAUUUUUAUUUGUCGGCGGCACCCGGCACCGCGCUUUGGCUCCGUCUCCGAGGCCGGCCGCCCGGCCCAGGCAGGCGGCAGGCGGCAGAUGCAGCACAAGCUGGUGGUGGCGUUGUGAACAAGAAAUUCCUCGGGUUCCACGCGCCUCCCGUCGCUUUGGCGUUUUGGCCCCUCUUUCCUUUUCUUCCUUUCCGCUGGUUUUCUGCUGGCAGGCGGCGGGGGGUUUUUGCGCUGGUUCGGGUUGGGUUUAGGACGGCACCGGCACAGCCGCACGGCACCACCUGAUUUCCCUUCCCUUCCCCACCAAGCUCCCUCUUGCGCUUCCGCUUCCGCCUCCGCCCGUGACCUCCGAGAUCGCGGGCUCCUUCCCGAUUUGGUCCGCCCCGCCCAGCUGGGAAACGGAAAUCUCUGAUGGGUUUUGCAAGGAAAAAACUCGCGAUUUGUGGGUGAGGUUUUCCGUUUCCUUCCAUUGCUGGAUCGACUUGACUGACUGACUGACUGACUGAUCGAUCGGCGGCGGCCGCCGCCAUGGCGUCGUCGUGCAUCCCGGCCGGCGGCAUCCGGCUGCCGGACCUGGAGAUGGUCAAGGCCGCGCCGCCUCCGGCGCCGCCCAGGCCGGCGCACUCCGCCGCGGCGUCCUCCACGCUCUCCGAGGCGUCGUCCAACGCGUCCGCGGCUUCCUCGUCGGCCACCUCGUCGUCGGUGGCGGCGUCGCUGUCGCUCAAGCGCCCCCGCACGCCAAGGAAGCGGCCCAGCCAGACGUACAACGAGGCGGCGGCGCUGCUCGCGUCCAUGUACCCGUCCGUCUUCCCCGUCGCCAAAGGCUUUGGGGGCCUCGAGGCGCCGCCGCCGCCGCGCCUCCUCGGCCUCGCUUCCGCGCUCGCCGACGACCCGUCCUGCUCCGACCUCCUCCCGCCGUUCCCCGUCCCCGGCGGCCAGGCCGCCUUCCUCCUCCGCGACCUGCCGCCGCCGCCGCCGCCGCGGCCUCUGACGCCGCGGAGCCCCGCCGCCAGGGGCUGCCCUUCGCCGUCGGCCGUCAGCAGCGUCUUCAGCGAGUUCCGCGACCCGGCGCCGUCCCCUGCAACACCUGACGAUGCUGCGGCGGCGCCUGACGAGCCCGGGGAGCUCGACUUCGACGAUGACGACGGUUUCGACGCCGACUCUAUUCUGUGCGGCGUCGACGAGGGCGCGGCCGAGGGCAUCGAUGGCAUCAUGGGGAAGCUCUCCAUGGAAAACAACGUGACGUCCGUGUCAAGCGGCGACUCCAACCUGCCCAGAUCCAAGAUGAUGCACCCUUGCCUCAGGAACCUUAUGGUGCUCGGGCUCAGCUUCCGGCACGAUCAGAGUAUCAUCAAUCAAGCCCUCAAGCGGCAUAGCGUCGAUCCUGAAUGGUGGAUGUGCCCUGCCAUACCUGUGAAAGACAUUACACCGGUGCCGCCUUCAGUGGCAAUGGCAAAAGUGACAGACAAGAAGAAGACUAAGAAGAAGUCACUCGGGACAAUAUAUGAGGAGGGGACUCCUGAGUUUGCCAAUGGAGACACUGGAGCUUUGGCACUGCCAGAGACAGGAUUGGGGCUGAGCUUGAACACUGACGGGGUGCUCAAGGCAUGGCGUGGCAGAGGCUCUGUGUUCGCUAAUGGCAAUGGGCCUGACUUGCCAUUGUCCUCUGCUCAUGUAGUAGUUAAACAUGAAGACAGUGAUCUCUUCCCAAAGAAUGGUACCAGCGCUGUUAUCAGGGAAGGCAACAUUCUAAAGAUGCAGCACAAGCAGAAGCCGUGCACUCCCCUCCCCUCUAAUAAGCAGAGUCGGUACUACCGGCCUCGGGUCAAGGGGAGGUUUGUCAGCAAGGCUUAUUUUCUCCAGCAACAGCAAGCAUUAGAGAAGGAGAGCUAAAGAGGAUGGAUCUUGCUCCAAGGGGCAUUUCUGGGGCUUUUCACUCUUGCUCUCUAGGAGAAGCAGCAGAGCUUCUCAAUUUUCAUUUCUGCAGCGUUAUAGCGAGGCAGAUGUAGAGAUGCCUGUAGAGUGGCAUGUAGUAAGUUGUAACCAUGGGGAUCUGAUUGUGGUUUCCUUGCAACUUCUCCAGCUCCAGAUGCUGUGAUGUAAAGAAGGCCGUGAAGUGAUAUCCCAACCAGUUAAUGGAACCGUGUUAUUAUCACUCUGUUUCUGCAAUUAUGUUGUUUGUUUGCCGGGCUAAA